AUGGGAAUUGCGACCUUGGCUCCCCGCUCCCACGUUGAUCCUUAUUUUACCAGUGGCUAUGUGCUUGGGGCGCAGUACUUGGCGCAAGCCCGAAGCACCUGCCCGCUGGUUCUUCUCGAGGCUUCAUGGUGGAAUCAUGCGGAGGUCUGGCGAUGGCUACGGUUUUGGCGUGUUGUGGGAGUCGGUUGGUCACUGUAUUUCUUGGUUCUGCAAAGCAGGUGCCAAUGUCUAUUUUUGCUUGUUGGGAUGCGCCUCUUCUCAACAGCCUGUGUAGAUGACUUCCCUCCAGACCACGACGAGCUUCAGUGUGUCUCCACUCUGAUGGGAUCGUUUUUUGUCAACAUCAAAACGUGGAGUUCCAUUGCGCUCAAGCUGUUGGUCGGCAGAAGCGAGAGCGAAUCGACAGGCUAUGGCUGGGCCACCACACUGUCGCUUGGAACAUUGCCUUCAAUCGCGUUCUUGAACUGGCAUCAUCCAGCCGAGGGCCACUACCUUUCCAUCGAAUGA